GUGGCUCUUCAGAGCGGGUUUCCUUCCUCAACAUAUAGCUCAUCCUGACCUGCUAUCUCCAGCCUCUCCUCGAGAUAGAAAGGCAUGCAAUAGAAAUUCAUACAGGACUCAAGUCAACAAAUGGAAGAGCCGAGCCCUGAAUGCUUUUGUUGUGCUCAGUAAAAGUAACCAGAUGUUUCUGGAGGACACACAAUAGGAUACUGGUCAGAGCUAUUCUGCAUUUCAUUGAAAAAAGGAGUGGAACAACCCAUCUGCAUCUCCCUCGCUCUCUCCCUCUCUCACACACACAGUUACAAGUGGCUUUAGCGCCUGAAGACUGAGGCUGCUGCUGCUGCAUUGUACACAGCAUUCUUGGAAUACAGAAAAGGCUCAUUAUUAUCUAGAAUGUAACUAGCCUGAACCAAGGAAAAGAAAUGCAUCCUCUGCAAGCAAGAGACGUGAGCUGUAUCUAUGAUUCUGGAAUAGAAGUGCAAAGAACGGACCAUUGUCUCUUCGAGGUCAAGCCCAUACUGCAACAUUGGUCAAUGUUUGGGCUAUAAAACUCUUGACAAGACAUCCAUCAGAUCUAGAAAUUACGAAAACUGGACAAUCAGAAGGCUCCUGGUCACGAGACAUCAGAGGGCUUUAAAAAAGUUGGCAAUAUUCAUAAGGAGGAGAAAUGACUUAGGGUGUAUUUCCACUCCUGGAUCUAAAUGAUAUCAAUUCUUCAGAGGAGGCACCAAGCUUGAGAAAAAUCCAUGGUGUAAAUGUCAACUUUCUUAAUCUGCAGAAGAAAUUGUGUACAUUUCUGAUCACAGUAUCUCGUCAAGAAGACCAAACAGGCUUUUUUUUUUUUUUAAACAUUAGCCAUGGCUGCCGCUAUUGCUAGUUCUCUGAUUAGGCAGAAAAGACAAGCUCGUGAAAGGGAAAAAUCCAAUGCAUGCAAAUGUGUUAGCAGCCCCAGCAAAGGCAAAGGGACCUGCGAAAAAAAUAAACUCAAUGUCUUCUCUCGGGUUAAAUUGUUCGGCUCUAAAAAGAGGAGAAGACGACGACCAGAGCCUCAACUCAAAGGUAUAAUCACAAAACUCUACAGCAGGCAAGGCUACCACUUGCAGCUCCAAGCAGAUGGCACGAUUGAUGGAACAAAGGAGGAGGAGAGCAGUUUCACAAUAUUUAACCUCAUACCAGUCGGCUUACGAGUGGUGGCUAUUCAAGGUGUUCAAACUAAGCUAUACCUAGCCAUGAACAGUGAUGGAUAUUUGUACCCAUCAGAACAUUUUACACCUGAAUGCAAAUUCAAAGAGUCCGUUUUUGAAAACUAUUAUGUGACGUACUCAUCAAUGAUCUACAGACAGCAGCAAUCGGGAAGGAGCUGGUUUUUGGGUCUCAACAAGGAGGGUGAAAUUAUGAAAGGAAACCAUGUAAAGAAAAACAAGCCUGCAGCACACUUUCUCCCAAAACCUCUAAAAGUGGCCAUGUACAAAGAACCUUCUCUUCACGAUCUCACAGAAUUUUCCAGAUCCGGAAGCGGCACACCAACCAAAAGUAGAAGCGUUUCAGGAGUACUAAAUGGGGGCAAAUCUAUGAGUCAGAAUGAGUCAACGUAGCCAGCUGCAGGCAAGACAAAGGCUACGGUACACACAGUAAUGGAAACUUACCUCUGGAUGCUGUUGAAUUCUUACUAGCAGUCUUUCAUCCAAAUAUUCAGUUUUUUCAGGACAAGCACCGAACUUGGAUAGGUCACUCACGUCAACCAUUAGAUCUCUUGGUUUUCAAUGGAUUCCCUCAUUUUAGAAUGUGCUUUUUGCAUCUCAGAAGGCAUCGGGAUAGCCAGCAAAGCAUACAGUGGAAUAAGCCAUUGAGAGGACAUACGCUGCUCUCUGGUUAUGUCCCAUAUGGUUUGUGGAAUGAGAAACCCUUCACAGAACUGAAUGCUAAUAAGAAUUUUGCUUUCCAAACAAGAAUAAAAGACCACUUUUGCUCUUUAAAGAAAAUUUUACUGCUUCUAUGUUUUAUAGGGGGAAAGCAUACAAAACAUAAAACCUGUUGUUUAUUGGCUUACAGUUUUAUAUAUAAGCUUGAUUUAUGUACAUGUAUUCAUUUGGAGAAGUGCAUCACUUUGAUUUCUGAACACAGCUUCCCAAAUUGGUCCGGUUCCUCCCCGCUGGAUCUCGUUGCCAAAAUCAGGUCGAUUCUGAGGUGACCCCCUCAGGCUCAAGUAAACAGUGUUCCUGUAGCUUAUCACAUGCUAAACUAUUUUUUUAUAUACAGUAUCUUUGUAGUAGUCAUUCAUGUAGACACAGAAACGUGUUGUCAACCCCAAGCCGUGGAAUCCCACAUUAUGGAUUCUACCAUCCACCUAUGUAAUUUUCUCUUAAUUCCAUUUUUCGUGUAUGAUGUUAUAUAAAUGUUGUGGCUUUUUUUUUUUUAUCAAAACCCUGUGGAAUUAAGGUGCCGACUUUUAUAAAAAAAAAAAAUGUCUUAUAUGUAAGUGUCCUUUUUUUUCUCUACCUAAGGCAUAUGUACGUAAGUAUCAUAGAUAAGGAGACAUUUUGGAAAGGCUGUGUCUACACAACAGGUAUCCGUGCCUACUAUUUAAUCCAAAUGUUGAAGAUAUAUUAUGUUUUCCAAAUAGGUAAUUAAAUCUGUUGCAUGGACAGAAAAAAGAUUGGAGUCAAGGUGCAUGAUAUGUUUGAUUUUGUGCAUUAGAAAACUUUCAUUUUUUGUUCCCCAAAAAUAUCUUAAUCUGAACAUAAUGUUUCCAAUCUUAAACACAUUGUUGAUUUGUUGGAUGCACAAAAGUACACUGAAUUCAUAGUUUUUUUUAUUAUUUCUAAGAAUAAAAAAUAUAAAUAUCUUUUAUUUUCUUUCUUUUCUUUUACGUUAACCCCCAAUAUUCUCAGUUGAUUUUAAAUUAAAAGCAGGCUAUGCAUUAUUACUGUCUACAUGUUCAGUCAUUACAUUUUCUUUGAAGUUGAAUGAUAUCAUGCAUUUUAUUUUUAAUAGGACCCUGUUUGCAUCAAAGCAGAUUGUGCACUUGUAAAAUAAAUAUGUUUCCUUCAGCUAAA